AUGGCAGCGGUCCAAUCUGCGCCAGCCAUGCAGGCUGGUGCACAUUCACUACCCGCAAACAUUACGCAGAAACAAGUACAGGAGGUCUAUGCGUAUCUACUUCAGAACUUCAAGCGCAUGCAGUCACAAAACGUCUCCACAGCUGAUCCAGAAUACAUUAAAGCGCAUCAAUUUCUAUCUGCGGUCCAACAAAGUCAAAUGUUCCGCAAGAUGACGCAGCAGAAAGCGCAAAAUGCAGGAGUGAAUGCCCCAAACACGAAUGGAACCAAUGGAUCGACACCGCAGGAUGGCGGCUCUAUUCCUACGGCUAAUUCACCUGCAACGGCGAACGGUAGCAAUAGUCAAGCACCCAAUGGCAACGCUGCUCGAAUGCCCCCUCCUAGUGGAAGCUUUUCUGCCGAGCAGUUGGCAAUAUUACGGAACCAAAUACAAGCAUUCAAACUUUUGUCCAAGAAUCUGGCGAUUCCAUUAAAGGUUCAACAGCAGCUGUUCCCUACCCCCAAGAAGCAAGAGUCUGCUCACCCAGAAAAUCAAGCACAAGACUCUAGGGGAGGAGAGAAAACUGCGGAAAAGGAGUCGGCUGCAGAUACACCAGCGUUAGGCAAAACCUCUUUCAGCACAUUCGAAUCACCGUACACUUCAGUUCCGACGACGAUCAGCUUCGCGGAGCAUUCCCAGCGCGCAAAGCGGCUGCGGAUACCGAGUCUGAUGCCCAUCGGUGUUGAUAUCGAUCAGAUUAGGGAAGAGCGGGAGAGAAUACUUUACAACCGAGUCCAGACUCGUCGAGCGGAGUUGGCUGCUCUUCCUGCAAACAUAGGAUCGUGGGAUACAAACAAGAGUGAUAAACCUGACGGAGAUGACAAGCUGAAGCUGAAGGCCCUAAUCGAAUUCAAGAAGCUGUCAUUAUUGCAGAAACAGAGGGACUUUCGUCGAGACAUUCAGCAGGAUCUGUUCACCUACAACAAUCUGGCAAUGACAGCGAACCGCGCUCAACAUCGUCGUAUGAAGAAGCAGUCACUUCGGGAAGCGCGCAUCACCGACAAAUUGGAGAAGCAGCAAAGGGAUGCUCGGGAAACCAAGGAAAAGAAAAAGCAGUCCGACUAUUUUGCGUCAAUUCUUCAACAUGGCAACGAUGUCCGAGCCAAUGCAAGUGCUCAGCGUGGGCGUGUGCAGAAACUUGGACGGAUGAUGGUUUCGCAUCAUCAACAUAUGGAAAGAGAAGAGCAGAAACGCAUCGAGAGGACGGCUAAGCAGCGUUUGCAAGCUCUAAAGGCCAACGAUGAAGAGACGUACAUGAAACUGCUUGACCAAGCCAAAGACUCUCGUAUCUCCCACCUUCUGAAGCAGACUGACGGCUUCUUGGGCCAGCUUGCGGCGUCGGUACGACAGCAGCAACGGACAGCUGCCGAACGGUAUCGUGACGACGAUAUGUACGAAGAAGAGGAAGAGGUUGGUGACGGCUCCGAGGAUGAGGAAGGCGACCGCAAAGUUGAUUACUAUGCGGUUGCUCACCGAAUCAAGGAAGAUGUGACGGCUCAACCGAAAUUACUUGUGGGAGGAACACUGAAGGAAUACCAGCUCAAAGGUCUCCAAUGGAUGAUAUCGCUCUACAACAACAACUUGAAUGGCAUUUUGGCAGACGAAAUGGGGUUGGGCAAGACGAUCCAAACAAUCAGCUUGAUUACCCAUCUCAUUGAGAAGAAGAAGCAGAAUGGGCCGUUUUUGGUGAUCGUACCGCUCAGCACGCUCACGAAUUGGAAUCUGGAGUUUGAGAAGUGGGCGCCAUCGGUGAAUCGGAUCAUCUACAAAGGGCCACCGAACACGCGGAAGCUGCAACAACAGAAGAUCAGAUAUGGACAGUUCCAAGUACUGCUCACUACUUACGAAUACAUUAUCAAGGACCGGCCAGUCCUGAGCAAGGUGAAAUGGGUUCAUAUGAUCGUGGAUGAAGGUCACCGCAUGAAGAACGCAAAUUCGAAGCUGAGCAGCACUCUUACACAGUACUACAUCACGCGAUACCGCUUGAUCUUGACCGGAACACCCCUACAAAACAAUCUGCCGGAACUAUGGGCUCUGCUCAAUUUUGUCCUUCCCAACAUCUUCAAAUCGGUCAAAUCGUUCGAUGAAUGGUUCAACACGCCUUUUGCCAAUACCGGAGGUCAGGACAAGAUGGAGCUAAGCGAAGAAGAACAGCUGCUGGUCAUUCGCAGAUUGCACAAGGUUUUGCGCCCCUUCUUGCUCAGGCGUCUCAAGAAAGACGUGGAAAAGGAUCUGCCGGACAAGCAGGAACGCGUGAUUAAAUGCCGAUUCUCUGCUUUACAAGCCAAGCUUUACAAACAGCUGGUCACCCACAACAAGCUCGCUGUCACAGACGGCAAAGGCGGAAAGACCGGCAUGCGUGGGUUGAGCAACAUGCUGAUGCAGUUACGAAAACUGUGCAAUCAUCCAUUUGUUUUCGAACCUGUCGAAGACCAAAUGAAUCCAGGGAAGGGCACCAAUGAUCUCCUCUGGAGAACCGCAGGAAAGUUCGAAUUGCUGGACAGAGUGCUUCCCAAAUUCAAAGCAUCUGGACAUCGAGUAUUGAUGUUUUUCCAGAUGACCCAGAUCAUGAAUAUUAUGGAGGACUUCCUGCGCCUGCGAGGCAUGAAAUAUCUCCGACUUGAUGGAUCUACGAAGUCUGAUGACCGGUCGGAACUCCUGAAGCUCUUCAAUGCUCCUGGCUCAGAAUACUUCUGCUUCCUGCUCUCGACUCGUGCUGGUGGUCUUGGCCUCAAUCUGCAAACCGCAGAUACCGUAAUCAUCUAUGACUCCGACUGGAACCCGCAUCAAGAUUUACAGGCUCAAGAUCGUGCUCAUCGUAUUGGCCAGAAAAACGAGGUUCGCAUCCUGCGCCUCAUCAGCUCGAACUCGGUGGAAGAGAAGAUCCUUGAGCGUGCAAACUACAAGCUUGAUAUGGAUGGAAAAGUUAUUCAGGCUGGAAAAUUCGACAACAAGUCGACCAACGAAGAGCGAGAUGCGCUUCUUCGCACUUUGCUCGAAACCGCGGAAGCGGCCGAGGCUCUUGGUGAACAGCAGGAUGAGAUGGAUGACGAGGACCUCAAUGAGAUGAUGGCUCGAUCAGAAGAGGAAUUGGUCCAAUUCCAGAAAAUCGACGAAGAACGCAUCAAGAACGACCGGUACGGUCCUGGACACAAACUGCCGCGCCUCAUGUGCGAAGAAGAGCUACCGGACAUCUAUCUUGCCGAGGACAAUCCAGUCGCAGAGGAAGUGGAAGAGUACGCUGGUCGUGGUGCUCGAGUACGUACCGUCGCUCGGUACGAUGACGGCUUGUCCGAAGACCAAUGGCUACUUGCUGUUGACGCAGACGAUGACACGAUCGAAGACGCGAUGGCGCGGAAAGAGGCCCGAAUCGAGAAGCGUCGUACGAACAAAGAAAAGCGGAUACGGAAAGCUCAAGGCAUCGAAUCCUCUCCCGAACAAUCCGUCGACGGCGACUCGACCCCUCAACCCAAACGCCGUGGCCGCAAACCCGGCCCAGCAAAGCGCAAAAUCGAAGAAAUCGAAGAGGAACUCCCCGCAUCCAAACGCAAACGCGGUGGACCUAGCCGUCAAUCCACCAAAGGGACGACGAGCGACCCUCUGAGCCCGGCAGACCGCAACACCCUACAAAAAUCCCUGCGCGGCGUGUACGACAUGCUGAAAGCGCUGGAAGUGGAAGAAAGCGACGACCCGGAUGAGUCGCAAGCGGAAUCUGAUCAAGGCCCACCAACUCGUCUGAUCAUCCAUCCAUUCCUUGUGCUGCCGCCCAAGAAGGAUUAUCCGGACUAUUAUCAUUUCAUUCAGAGUCCGAUUGCGAUGGCAGAGAUUGAGGUCAAGCUGAAAAAGGAGAGGUAUAACAGUUUCAGGGAGUUCAAGGAUGAUGUGGCCUUGUUGGCUCGGAAUGCGAGGACGUACAAUGAGGAUGGGAGUUUGUUGUACCAGGAUGCUGGGACCAUUGAGCAAGCAUCCAACCAAGCCAUCAAAGACCUCUCGGAUAAAUACCCCCAUCUCGCUACCUCGGACCCGGACGAGAUGGAUAACGAUGGCAACUCUUACAUGAAUGAUGGGCAAACAUCCACGGCGAACGGCUCGAGUGUCGGCACACCCAUGACGGGGAAUAAUGGGCAUGGAGGAGGAAGCGCGUCGACGAAGCUGAAACUGACGUUCAACGCUAACGGCGGUGGAAGUAAUGGGCGAGGUACCAUGACCGGGACGACGGACAGUGGAGUGGGUAGUGAUGAGGAUUGA